UUCUGUCACUGCUUUGAGGAUCUAAAGGGCUAAGGCAAUGAGGAAUGGGGAUUAUAAAUUUAUAAUUUUCUACUCAUUCUGAGGAAAAAAAAGAAAAUAUUAGCUAGAGCUUCCUCUCGUCAGUUUGUCACACAAAAAAGCAAGCUUUUCUUAUGGCCGUUUUUGCAUGGGUUACCUCUCUUGUCUCUUCCUGAUUGGUUUUUUUUCUUCCUUCAGUCAAAUUCACAAAUUACAACCCUCCCUCAUUCAAUUCCCAUUUCUUCCUCCUUUACAACUUCACAACUUUUUGCUCAAUAGCACUUCUCUCUCCAUAUUUCUUUCUUUCUUUCUUUCUUAUAUAGUCUUUCUUUAUAGAUAACCAGCUGUGCUUUGCCAUAAGUACUUGACAUCCAUUUAGAGCUUUCUAUAUUGUGUUGUAAAAACCUUUCUGGCGGGCAACUUUUGGUUUUGAAGAGAUAUAUAUAUACACAACUGAUCGAGUGAUAUAGAGAGAAGAUGAGCAACUAUGGAGCAAAUUAUGAGAUGAGGGAGAUAGAGGCAAACAAACCAUCAGUGAAUAAUGGCAUGGUAGCAGGGUUAAGCCCUCUGAGUGAGACUCUUUGGAGGGACAAAGCUAACACAGAGUUUGUAGGAGACGUGUCAGCGAGGCUCACUUGGAAUGAUCUGACUGUGAUGGUCAGUCUCAGUAAUGGAGACACUCAAAAGGUUUUGGAAGGACUCACUGGUUAUGCUGAACCUGGAACCCUCACUGCCCUCAUGGGUCCUUCUGGUUCUGGCAAAUCUACUUUGCUUGAUGCUCUUUCUAGUCGUCUUGCUGCCAACGCCUUCCUUUCUGGUACCAUACUCCUCAAUGGUCGCAAAACAAAGCUCUCUUUCGGGACUGCAGCCUAUGUGACUCAAGAUGACAACUUGAUUGGCACUCUAACAGUACGGGAGACGAUUUCAUAUUCAGCUCGUCUGCGUCUCCCUGAUAAGAUGCCUUGGUCAGAGAAGCGUGCACUGGUUGAGAGUACCAUCAUAGAGAUGGGUCUCCAAGAUUGUGCUGACACAGUUGUAGGAAACUGGCAUUUGCGUGGAAUCAGUGGAGGAGAGAAACGAAGAGUCAGUAUUGCUCUUGAGAUCCUGACGAGACCCAGAUUGCUCUUCCUGGACGAGCCAACUAGUGGACUUGAUAGUGCUUCAGCUUUCUUUGUUACACAAACAUUACGUAGUCUGUCAAGAGAUGGGAGAACCGUCAUAGCCUCAAUUCACCAGCCAAGCAGUGAAGUCUUUGAACUAUUUGAUCAAUUGUACUUGCUUUCUGGGGGCAAAACUGUUUAUUUUGGCCAGGCUUCAGAAGCAUACGAGUUCUUUGCACAAGCUGGGUUCCCCUGCCCCACUUUGAGGAACCCAUCUGAUCACUUCCUUAGAUGCAUCAAUUCUGACUUUGAUAAAGUUAAGGCCACUCUAAAAGGAUCCAUGAAACUGCGGUUUGAGGCAACUGAUGAUCCUCUAGAGAAGAUUACCACAGCUGAAGCUAUCCGAACACUUAUUGAAUAUUACCAUACCUCUCAGUACUACUAUGCAGUGAGAGAAAAAGUUCAGGAGAUAUCCAAAGUUAGAGGAACUGUUCUGGAUUCAGGAGGUAGUCAGGCAAGUUUCUUGAUGCAAGCCUUUACCUUAACCAAGCGUUCAUUCGUCAACAUGUCAAGGGACUUUGGAUAUUACUGGCUUAGGCUUGCAAUUUACAUUGUAGUCACUAUCUGCAUUGGGACCAUCUAUUUGAAUAUCGGGACAAGCUACACUUCAAUUCUGGCAAGGGGUUCAUGUGCAUCUUUUGUGUUUGGUUUUGUAACAUUCAUGUCGAUUGGGGGCUUUCCUUCAUUUGUAGAAGAUAUGAAGGUUCUCCAAAGAGAGAGGCUGAAUGGCCACUAUGGUGUAACUGCAUUUGUUGUCAGCAACACACUCUCUGCAAUGCCAUUCCUGAUAUUGAUCACCUUUCUCGCUGGAACUGUUUGUUACUUCAUGGUCCAACUCCACCCAGGAUUUGAACAUUAUGUGUUCUUUGUACUAUGCCUUUAUGCAAGUGUCACUGUAGUUGAAAGCUUGAUGAUGGCCAUAGCCAGUAUUGUCCCUAACUUCCUUAUGGGCAUCAUCAUAGGGGCAGGAAUUCAGGGCAUAUUCAUGCUAGUCUCUGGGUACUUUAGGCUCCCAAAUGACAUACCAAAGCCCGUGUGGCGCUAUCCCAUGUCAUACAUCAGCUUUCAUUUCUGGGCUCUGCAGGGACAAUACCAGAAUGAUCUCGAGGGCUUGUUGUUUGACAACCAAUCACCGGAACUUCCCAAGAUACCUGGAGAGUACAUCUUGGAGAAUGUAUUCCAGAUUAAUGUGCACCGAUCAAAAUGGGUGGAUCUCAGUGUCAUCUUCAGCAUGAUAAUCAUCUACCGCAUCAUCUUUUUCAUCAUGAUCAAAAUUAAUGAGGAUGUCACCCCCUGGCUCAGAGGUUACAUAGCUAGGAGAAGGAUGCAACAGAAGAAUGGCAAUCAAAAUACCACAGUUGCUCCGGACGGUCUCACCCAAUCCCCUUCAUUGAGGACCUAUGUUGCCAAUCGGACAACUGGAACUCAUAAAAGGUAGACAAGAGACACAGUACUAUUGCAUAGAAUAAAAGAAGUUAAAAAGUCUUCACUUUUAUGUUAGAACAUUGAAUGUAGCAAAUGCUUGGAGACAUAAUUUGGUCCAGCUUUUAACAUUUUUUACUUCCAUUUUAAACCAUAACUAUUUCUAGUUAUAUCAAGUUACAAGUUACAACUUUGUGCUGAUGAUAAUGUUUAACAGAAAAUUUCCUAUAAACUCAACUAUUGGAAUCAGUUUCAUGAAUCUUCUACUUUGUUGUA